AAGUAACCUACGGUGAAUCUGAAGUCUUUGCUGAAUUUUAGUAAAAGGGAUAAAAAUGGGUGAAAAUCCACCAGUGACAGAGCAGCAGAAAGAACUUGCUGCCUUAGCCAUGCAAGAAUUUGACCGUAAGCAGUUCACAUCCUGCUGUAACGUGAUGAACAAACUGAUGGCCCAGAGAGGCUCAGACCCCCGGGUAGUACACAAUAAGGCUGUGGCGGACUUUUGCCUGUCUGGCUCUCAGAGCACAGAUGAGUUCAGGCAGAGUCUGGCUAGCGUGUGUCAGAUGGCUCAUGUGAACAUUGAAAGCUGGGAGGGCCUGGAGGAUGUGGACCACAGUGUUCUGUUCUACAAUCAGGCUGUCAUUCUUUACCAUCUGCGACAGAACAAGGCUGCACUAGCCAUCCUUGAUAAACUCUUCCCAUUCAUCGAUCCACUUAGCUCUACUGGAGAUGAAGGUCUUUGCAAGAAAGUCCUGCUUUUACAAGUAGAGCUGUAUCUUUCCACAUACCAGCCAGAGAAAGCCAUGGGUCUGCUAACCUACAUAGAGAAAAACGUUCUGAAUGGAAAGAUCCCCACCGAGCGUGAAGGCAGCAGGGAGGACAGCAAAGAGGGAUCCCCGGGAUCUGAGUCCUCCUGGGAGAACUGGAGACCUAUGCUCAGUGUGUUCAAGAUGCGAUGUCUGAUCAUGAUGAAAUCCAUGAAGGCAUGCAAGAGGGAAAUCAAGGCUGUUAUGAAUGUGCAAUCGUCUAACACAUCAGUGGUGUUUCUGAAGGCAAACUUUGAGUAUCUCCGUGGCAACUACAGAAAAGCUCAGAAGAUGUUGGGAUCUGGCCCUCAGAUGUACACAGACAAAGGUGAAUGCCUGACUGUGAUGCACUAUAACAACAUGGGCUGCGUCUACUUCCACCUACGCAAGCACAACUUGGGCAUGUUCUAUCUGCGUAAGGCCCUGCAGGAAAACGAGAACGUUGUGCGCGAGAUGAGACGGUCCACAGACCAGAAUAGACAGCAUGGAGGUGAUAAUGGUUCAAAUAAUAAGUCGCUCUCCGGUCGACCACUUCACUGCCUUGGAAUGAGCCGCCAUUUUGAGCUCAUGUACAACAUGGGUAUCCAACUGCUGCAUUGUGGGAAGGCCCUGCCGGCGUUUGAGUGUCUCAUAGAGGCCGUGCAGAUCUACCACAUCAACCCACACCUUUGGCUGAGACUGGCUGAAUGCUGCAUCAUGGCCUACAGAGAGAACAAUGAAGAUGACCGAAGGCUCUCAAAGAGGCAAUCUGUGAUUCAGGGCAGCGUUGGAAGUGGUGUGCACAGAAAGCUGAUCCUGGGACCUGGCGUCAACCAAGACAAAAAUAGUGUUGGGACACCGGCCAUUCCUGCAGCCACCCUAGAGUUUGCCUCCCUAUGUUUGAGGAACGCCCUGUUGCUGUUGUCAGGGGUACCAGAAACCAUGGCAACAGACCAGGCUCAGAAUGAGGACAAGGAAGAUGGCAAACUAGGCCCGGAGGCUGUGUUUGUGCAGGCGCCUCCUGGAAACCCAAUGAGAGCCACUGAGGUCCACAAUCUCAGAUGUUCUGUGCUGUGUGCCAGUGCCUAUGUGGCCCUCUGCCUCAACGACUACACCAUGGCUCUUGACUACGCCAAUACGCUGCUGAAGCAACCCAGAAUCUCCAGUGCACAAAGCUAUCUGGCGCACAUGUACAUGGGAGAGGCCUUGGUGUCCCUGGACAGGAUAGCAGACGGCAUACAGCACUUGAACCCGGAACUGGUCACAGAUGUGUCCACCACCCUACCAGAUAACAAGCCAGACCAAGACAAAGGAAAUAUGGACAAGUCCGAUAAAGAUUCGGAUCCUGAAUUCAAAGGUGCGUUCUACCCGUGGACACCGCGGGACCAGCGCACUGCCCGGGCCAUCAUGCAGUACAACCUGGCUGCAGCCCACGCUGUGAGGGGAGAGUAUGACAAGGCCUGGAACCAUCUCAAUGAGAGUUCAAAGUCUAUAGGGACUCCUCUGCCUGCGCAGAUGUAUUUCCUGAAACUGUACCUGGACCUAAUUGAAGGCCGGCGAAAGAUGGCCCAGUUCGUGAUCAAGGACCACUUCGGUCAUGUGACACCCAACAGGAUGGAGAUGAAGACCCCUAAACCGGGCAGUAACAACGCGUCCUGGAACAAUGAAUAGUGGUACGAGUCCUGGGACAAUGAAUAGUGGUACGCGUCCUAAAACUGAUUAGUGAUUACAGACAUCUGUGUGAUAGUGCUAUUCAUAUUGAGCGAGUGCAUGCAUGUUGUAAUAAAAUUGAAAAACCUGAA